AAACUGCGAGUGUUCGACUCCGCGACAUGAGAGCCAGGUGACAGUAGCUGGACGGCACAGUUGCCUCCGCGGACUUGCAAAAAUGCCGGCGACAUCUUCUCGCUCGUUCGACUACCUCGAGAGUCUUCCGGGGACGGUCUUUUACAAAUUAUACCAGCAGCCAUCUACGGCACUUGCGAUUUUCAGGCGCAUGUUGCCUGAUCUGGCAAAAUGCUUUGUUAUGGCACUGCUUUACAUGAAGGAUCCACUCCCAGCGGCCGAUCUGGAGCUAUGGGUCAAACCUGACAGCAAGAACAUUUGGUUGACUGGUUUAAUAAACGAAAGGGAGCGAGAUCAUGCGUUAUCAAUUCUAGGAAGACUACAUAUCCUUUCGAAUACGACCACAUCUGAUCAUGUCAGAGCGUACAUGGUGACGAACCCUUUCGCCUCAUCCCUUCGACAGGCCCUCACGGGAGGUGACAGCAUCCGGUCCUUCGGCGUGCCGACCACGACUCCAGAUCCAAACCCCGUUUCAGUGGCCGGUCUCGAUGAAUACGCAAGGCGACAGUGGGAAGGUGUCCUUGGAUAUAUGGUGGGAACCAGCGGAGUGGGCGUACAACCACCCGUCAACCUGAGCAAAGGAGUGAAACAACUUCUACAGGCAGGCCAUCUGGUCGAAAUACGAGAUCGUCGAGUGGAAAUCACUCAAGAUGGAUUUGCUUUCGUCUUGCAAGAAGUGAAUACCCAAGUCUGGCAUAUCUUGAUUCUGUAUGUCGAGAGCGCAGAAGCCAUUGGAAUGGACCCCGUGGAGGUCCUGUCAUUCCUCUUUCUUCUCAGCAGUCUCGAACUGGGCCAGUCAUAUGAGAAAGCGCACCUCUCAUCGACCCAACUGCGGACAUUGACCGACCUCACCGACUUCGGAAUCAUAUACCAACACUCUCCCAUCGCGGAAGCAACUCGCUUCUAUCCGACCCGUCUGGCAACAACUCUCACCUCAGACUCGAGUGCGCUGAACAAUGCCAUCUCGGGAGCACUUACCACAUCUCCAGGUGUUCCCAGCGAAACCAGCUCUGGUUUCAUCAUCAUCGAAACCAACUACCGCCUAUACGCCUAUACCUCGUCACCUCUCCAGAUCUCCCUCAUUGCACUCUUCACCACCCUCAAGUACCGCUUUCCCAACCUCAUUACAGGAAAGAUCACUCGACAGUCGGUGCGCCGUGCUGUGGAGAUGGGUAUCACAGCUGACCAGAUCAUCUCGUAUCUGGCGACCCAUGCACAUCCGCAGAUGCGCAAGCACAAUGCCACCAAAUCCACUUCCAAUACGGCGGGACUGCCACCGUCAGUGCUGCCACCUACUGUGGUCGAUCAAAUCCGAUUAUGGCAGCUGGAGCGUGAUCGUAUAAAGGCCACUCCAGGGUUCCUUUUCAAGGACUUCGUCAGCCUCUCUGAAUACGAGGCUCCAUGUCGUUAUGCAGAGGAGAUCGGAGUUUUGGUGUGGAAGUCCGAUAGGAAACGCAUGUUCUUCGUCACUAGACACGAACAAGUUGCGGCUUUCUUAAGGAGCAGAAAAUAA